UCUUUCAUGGAAUUCUAUGUGAUACACCUAAAAAAUCAAGGGGUAAAAUUUGAUCAUAGUACCACUUUAAAAGCACUUCAUCGUUUUAGACGCAGAAACGAUUUUUUGUAAAUAAAUCUCUUGUCAUAAAAGCCAAAAGGCUUGUACGUGUUGGGGCAGGCCGAGAUCUAACCUGUUUUGUAAGGAAAACCGAUAGCUAUGACAUCUACAAGGAAGUGCAAGACUUCGGUAGAGGUCGACUCACGUUGCGUGAUCAUCCGGGCCAAAAUAAGACGACGCUAAAGUUUUAAUGUCCCUUUAACGAAACCAAUUCUCUGAUUGCUUUGCCUCAAACUGAAUAUCAGAAAAAAUGCAAAUAGCAUGGUUCGAAAUGUGAUCACUGGAGAAAACCAGGUUUGGUUGGAAACUUACAACCUCGCUUCCAGUCCUACUCGUAGAAUAAAUUAUUUGCAGUUGAGUAGCUGUAGGAUAACGCCGAGUGAAAACGGACAUUUCCGUUUUACUUUACGUCGAAUCAGUUUAGGGCACGAUUUCCGCUUAAACAUGCUAAUCUACCGCAUUAUAAUAGCAAUACACUGACAUCCAACGGUUUGGUGUAUGAAUUUUACAAUCUUGUAAAGGAAAAAUGCGGGAUUUGGCUGCCUGAGAGUGGAGCACUCGAAUCGAAGCGGUGACAUCGCGUUUUAAAUUUCCCACUUUGGUUUCCAUCAUGAAGAAGAUUUCGCCCCUGACAGUGGCGUUACUUGCUUUAGGCUUAUUUAUGACCUAUGUCGAAGUGACUGAAGGUGCACUACUGCCGCCAAUGCGGGCGAACUGUUCUACCAUCCCUCCUAGUGAGAGGGUGGGAUGUGUAGUGCCCGAAGGUACGAACAAGACCACGUGUACAUUGCUUGGCUGCUGCUGGGAUGGAGCAAAGAAUGAUGGCAAAAAAAGAUGUUAUACAAAAAGGGGAGGUACGUGUAUGCGUUAUCAAGGAGAAGCCUGCCAUGUGUCUUUCAACUCAACACUUACAUCAUAUAGCGAUACUCCACGAUUCUUUGAUAACAAAUUUUGGUUGCCGGGCACCGAACAGUUUCUCGCGUUUGGAAUAAGAGUAAUUAAUCAACUCGUUACGGACGACGAGAAAUGCAAAUACAUCAUGGUGAACCUGUUAUGUCACUAUACAGUGCCGCCAUGUUACUCAGACGGCGUCAAUAUCGAUUACUGCAGAGGUGAUUGUCAGGCUAUUUUUAAUGACUGCAGUGCACCGCUCAACCGAGUUAUUGGCGCAGUUACCGUGUAUGUAGCUGAGAACGGCAUCGACUUUAUACACACGGGACUUCCAAACUGCUCAACGCACAAGACUACUCAAUAUUAUGAGGACAAACCUGGAAGAACAUGCAUAAAGACAGGAUUCUUCAAUUAUACUGAGGCUAUGGUAAAGCCAACCUCGCCAUCAGACGACAAAAACCUGGACAUCAUUCUCCCCAUAGUCUUUGUUUGCCUUUUCAUCAUUGUGGCGUGUGCUGUUGUGUUUGUUCUGUGGCAAAGACGUCAGAAACAAAGAGACGCAGUGGACAACGCGCAUGCGUUGUCUCACAAAGGCUCCAUGACAGUGAGGGAUAGAUUACGGGCGGAGUCCCUAAAGAGCCUGGACUCGCGCUUGUUACGACUUUAUGAUCCUGACAAACUGAAGCAGUAUAGGUUGGAUCACGUGCAAUACGUGAAGGACUUGGGAGAGGGAUUCUUUGGCAAAGUGUUCCAAGGUCGUGCAGCUGGUCUCGUUGAUAAACAACCCAAAAAAGUGAUUUCCGUGGCAGUGAAGGCACUGAAGGACGAACCUUCCAAAGAACAAAAAGAGGAGUUUUUCAGAGAAGUAACUCUAAUGUCCAUUUUAACACAUCCAAACAUCGUUCAGUUGCUGGCGGUAUCAACUGAGGAGGAACCUUAUGGAAUGGUGUUCGAGUUCAUGAGUGGCGGUGAUUUGAAUCAAUAUUUGAGAAAUGCUUUGCCUGCGGAGACAUCACUGGACUCAAACGAAAAGGCCAAAGUUUAUCUCACACAAGAAGACCUCGUCUCUAUCUCGGCCCAGAUCGCCACUGGCAUGCAGUACUUAGCAGAGAUGAAGUUUGUGCACAGAGACCUGGCAGCGAGAAACUGUUUGGUCGGAGAUGACCUGGUUGUGAAAAUCGCGGAUUUUGGAAUGUCACGUGAUAUCUAUACUACGGAUUAUUAUAAGAUGAGCAAAGAAACCUUGCUUCCCAUUCGCUGGCUGGCACCUGAAGCUUUCCUGUACGGAAAGUUUACUCUUAAGUCCGACGUGUAUGCUUAUGGUGUGGUACUUUGGGAGAUUUUCACGUUUGGUCUUCAGCCGUAUUAUGGUUACACCAACAAAGAAGUGAUGGAAUUCAUUCAGAAGGGUAUUCAUUUAGGGAAGCCCGACAAUUGUCCAGAUUUUAUGUAUGCUUUAAUGAAAGACUGUUGGCAAAAAGAACCUGACAAGCGCUUGGAAUUCACCACGAUAAGUAUGCGACUUAAAUAUCCGUACCACAAUUAUGAUGUCCCGCCUGCAUAUGACGUGGUGGAAGAGACUGAGGAGCCUGGAGAAAAAAAGGCUGCAGAACCAGACACAGGAAACUAUGAUAUUCCCAGAAGUCCCGCCACAAGUGAUUACGACAUCCCGCGAACGAUAUCACAGGAGGAGGGAAAUUACGACGUGCCCCGAUCAUCCGAAGAUCUACGAAUGAGCAGAGCCGACGAUUUUGACUACGGAGUCCCUAAUGACAUUCUAGUAUAGAGGAAUUUUUGUACGUUUUAUCCAUUCAUAAUUUUAGAAAAUGUUAAUAUGAUUGAAGUCUAUGGUAUCUCCAACGACAUUAGUAAGACGUCGUUUUAAGGUCAUAGACGGGAUCCCUGAAAAUCGUUCUCGAUUCUAGUUCUUAGCAAUAUUCUCAUAGCCGUUCAAAUUGAGGGUCUGGAAAUACAGUGCUGCAGAACUAUUACCUAAUUCUGUUAAAACAAUUUCAGCUCUUCUACAGUUACAUUUCUCUCCUGUACUUUGUGAGAAAAAUGGAAGCGUCUUCAGUUGACAAGUGCGUGUGGCGGAGUUUUCAACUAACUGCCUUAUUUGUUUACAUAACAUUGUACAAAGUUACAAAUUCAGUUCAUUCAUUCAGUUCAUUCUCCGAAUUUUAAUGUUUUGUAUUUUUAACAUUAAAUCAACUCAACUGAUGUUAUUUACAACUUUACCAGUAAGGAAUUCUGUGAACUACUUCAGGUGUGAAACUAACAGUAUUUGGGAGGAUUUUGGAUGAGUUUCCAAUACCACCAUAUUCCAUAGCUAAAUAUUCCAAGAAUUUGUUCGCCUUUGUACUACGUUAUGAAGAAGUAGGUACAGUUCGAGACAAAUCUAACGCACAACUAAACUCAAGUUUUCUAGUCAGAGAGGCUUGCUACUACGUGUUGUAAACCGACAAUCAAAACAAACAAUCUUUCAAAAUUAGCAACAAAAACGUGUAACCAGCAACGAGCGCGGGAAAACUAACAUGCGCUAAGCGCGGGAAAACUAGUCAGUGUUGCCAAAUCACGCUGGGUUCUGGUUUUGAAUCCAAAUUUGGUCCUUGACAGUGACGUCAUCCGUACUGUUGGGUGGAGCACGUGGCAUGAGCAUGUUUUACCAACAUGCUCAAAAAAAAAUUAAUUUCACCUCCCUUCUCCACUCCCCCCCCCCCAAAUAAGUAAGCAAUGGAGAAAAAGUAAUUUCGAUUAAAGUGCGUCCUAGUUGUAAGAAUAUAAUUUUAAUUAAAACAUUGUUUAGUGAGUGAGAACGGUUAUAUACUGGAAGCUGAAUUCAUUCUCAUCAAUUAGAUCAGGAAAUUCAGCUCAAUGCUAUGUUAUCACACUUUCAUCAUCAAAAUAAAGUUCAGAUUAGGACCGUUAGUUGAAACACCUGUUUGAACUAUUUAGGUGGAUCGAUUCUUUUCUCCGGUAAAUUAGACAUGAACGAAAUAGAUCAAGUAACUGGUUGAAUAAACUUCCACUUUUAAUACUA